CCCACCAAAGUGCUACGACGAGCUAGACACGGAGUCGGCGUUCUGUGAGACAAUCCUUGUCAACGAACGCAAACAUCGCGACAAGGUGCACCAAGGAUAUAAAAUGUAGGCAGCGAUGUUAUUUAACGCCCUCUAAGGACGUGUCCAGCUCACGCACACCUUGGGCUUGCCGCCCGUCUUGAUCUGCCGCACUGGCAAUUCCCGGGGCCCUCCUCGCGGCUGCGGGCGUCGUCCAGCAGCUGACGCGCAUACUCGACCACCUCGUGGUCACUCAAUGCACGAUCUGAUCCAGACAGACAGACAGACAGACAAGUGAGGGGAGGGCACCAAUGCACAAACGAGACACGGGGGGGAAGGGUAGCCCCACCAGCGGUUGGCGGCGUGGGUGGCGGCUUCAAUAAGGGGCGGCCAGUGGGGGUGCAGAUGAGGCGGCGGCAGCCUGUUCCUCGGCUGUGAGUAAAAACAAGAAGGAGCUCCACCAUGUAGCACCGAUAGGCGUGCAUCUUUAUCCCUCCCUUCCUACCGGGCUUUGACUGAAAUCCCUUCUCUUUGAUGACACGGGUCAUCUUCUCUCUGAGGGCACGAUACCUCCGAACGUUCUCGAUGCCUGCUGCCCUGAAACAGUGGCGGCCGGCCUAACCUCACACACGAAAGACAGAAGACAGCCCGCAGGUCAUGCUCCGCUUCCAUCCAUUCGGUUUGUCAAUGCCGCCCCCUUCAUGUACCUCGUUUGGAGCGUAAAGGAAGUCUUCGAUGGCCUCCUCCACCUCCUUCUGGGACACGUUGGGGUCCUCGCCCAAAAAGGCCUCGCCCAGCUCGAUCACCCGCCAAAAGAGGGCCAGCUCCUCCUCCGUGGGGUCGCGGGGAGGAGUCCGGCCCGCCCUGACGGCCAGCUCGGCGGCAAGGGCUCGCUCGGCGGCUGUUGGUGGGCGGGGGCGGGUGGAGGACUGCUGGGUGGAGGGCGGGGGAACAGAGGGCAGCAUGGCGCACAGUGAGGGACCGUGGAGGGCACAGGGUGGGGGUUUGACAGAGGUAUCUUCUGUAGGUGGGCACGAAAUAUCUUCUCUUCGACGGCACGAUACCUGUCAACGUCCUCCUCGGAUGAUACUCGGAAGAGGUGGCGGGCGGCCUGACCUCACGCACAAAAGACAGCAGACAGCCCGCAGGUCAUGCUUCGUUUGCAUCCAUUCGGUUUGUCUAAUGCCGCCCCCUUCAUGUACCUUGUUUGGAGCGUAGACGAACUUCUCGUUGGCCUCCUCGACCUCCUUCCGGGGCACGCUGGGGUCCUCGCUCAGCUCGAUGACCCGCCAGAAGA